AUGUUCGACGAGUACCUCCACAUCGACGAGACGACUGCCCGCGAGUCUCUGAAGUAUUUUUGUCAGGGCGUCAUUCACAUAUUUGGGGAUAGGUAUCUUCAGAAGCCUACGCAUCAAGACUGCCAGGAUCUAAGGGAUAUGCACGGGUCAGUGGAUGGGUUUCACGACAUGUUGGGCAGCAUAGAUUGUAUGCAUUGGGAAUGGAAAAACUGCCCCACCGCCUGGAAGGGGCAGCUGACUAAUUGGGCCAAUGAAGAUGCUGAUGCUGCCGGUCCAAGCCACAGCAUGGCCACCGCCAAUGUACGAAUGAGGAUACCUCAUGGGGAUGCUGACCGGGUCCGUGCAUUUGCCGAUCUUCGACAACAAGAAACCCAUAUUUGA